AUCAUCUCCCACAUCAAGACAUCACGAAGCCUCCACAUCAUGUGCCGCAUCCCAGUCUUCUGCUGGAUCACUGCUACAGUUCUGGAGGAUGUGCUGAAAACCAGAGAGGGAGGACAGCUGCCCAAGACCCUGACUGAGAUGUACAUCCACUUCCUGGUGGUUCAGGCCAAAGUUAAGAACGUCAAGUAUGAUGGAGGAGUUGAGACAGAUCCACACUGGAGUCCAGAGAGCAGGAAGAUGAUUGCGUCUCUGGGAAAACUGGCUUUUGAUCAGCUGCAGAAAGGAAACCUGAUCUUCUAUGAAUCAGACCUGACAGAGUGUGGCAUCGAUAUCAGAGCAGCCUCGGUGUACUCAGGAGUGUUCACACAGAUCUUUAAAGAGGAGAGAGGACUGUACCAGGACAAGGUGUUCUGCUUCAUUCAUCUGAGUGUUCAGGAGUUUCUGGCUGCUCUUCAUGUCCAUCUGACCUUUUUUAACUCUGGAGUCAAUCUGAUGGAAGAACGACAAAUAACCUCCCAGAAGUCUGAAACAAGAGAAUCUGCAGAGAAACACUUCUACCAGAGUGCUGUGGACAAGGCCUUGCAGAGUCCAAAUGGGCACUUGGACUUGUUCCUCCGCUUCCUCCUGGGUAUUUCACUGCAGAACAAUCAGGCUCUGCUACAAGACCUGUUGAUACAAACAGAAUAUAGCUCACGGAACAAUAAGGAAACAGCUGAUUACAUCAAGAAGAAGCUCAAUGAGCAUCUGUCUGCAGAGAAAAGCAUCAAUCUGUUCCACUGUCUGAAUGAACUGAAUGAUCGUUCUCUAGUGGAGCAGAUCCAACAGUACAUGAGUUCUGGAGGUCUCUCCAGAUAUAAACUGUCUCCUGCUUUGUGGUCAGCUCUGGUCUUCAUCUUACUGUCAUCAGAAAAAGAUCUGGAUGUUUUUGACCUGCAGAAAUACUCUGCUUCAGAGGAGGCUCUUCUGGGGCUCCUACCAGUAGUGAAAGCCUCCAACAAAGCUCUACUGAGAGUCUGUGAACUCUCAGAGAGAAGCUGUGGAGCUCUGUCGUCUGUCAUCUCCCAGUCCUGUAGUCUGAGAGAGCUGGACUUGAGUGUCAACAGUCUCAACGACUCCGGAUUAAAGCUACUGUGUGAUGGACUGCAGAGAUCAGAGUGCACACUGGAAACUCUCAGACUGAGUCACUGUAACUUGUCAGAGAGAGGCUGUGAAACUCUGUCCUCAGGUCUCAGCUCCCAGUCCUCUAGUCUGAGAGAACUGAACCUGAGUAACAAUGACCUGAAAGAUUCAGGAGUGAAGCUUCUGUCUGUUGGAGUGAAGAACCAACACUGUACACUGGAAACUCUGAGUCUCUCCAUGUGUAACCUUAAAGUUCAAGGCUGUGAAGCUCUGUCCUCAGUUCUCAGCUCCCAGUCUUCUAGUCUGAGAGAGUUGGACCUGAGUGUCAACAACCUGCAGGAUUCAGGAGUGAAUCUUCUUUCUGCCGGACUGACAAUUCCACACUGUAAACUGAAUACGCUGAAACUGAGUCACUGUCAGUUCUCAGAGAGAGGCCAUGAAGCUCUGUUCUCAGUCUUCAGCUCUCAGUCCUCUAGUCUGAGAGAGCUGGACCUAAGUAACUCUGACCUGCAGGAUUCAGGAGUGAGGCUUCUAUCUGCUGGGGUGAAGAGUCCACAUUGUAAAAUGGAAACUCUCAGUCUGUCAGGCUGUCUGAUCACAGAGGAAGGCUGUACUUCUCUGGCCUCAGCUCUGAGCUCCAACCCCUCCCAUCUGAGAGAGCUGGACCUGAGCUACAAUCAUCCAGAUGACUCAGGAAUGAAGCUGCUGUCGGCUGGACUGAAGGAUCCAGGCUGGAGGCUGGACGAUGCUCUCUAUCGUGCAGGAGUAAAAGUUCCCGAGCACCUUGGAGGGCAGUCGGAAGUCUCUCAAGCGUCUAAGGUGGUAGAGACGCUGUCGGGCCUUUUUCACCACGGUGUUGAUGUGACAAGACCAUCACAGGUCCUGUGUGAUGUGAACCCCGAGAAGGAGGUUGUUCCUCUGGCACCAGUUCUCCAGAUUCCUAAUCUCCUUCAGAUCGACACAAACACAGUACACACAAACCUCCAACUGUCUGACAACAACAGGAAGGUGACACAUGUGGAGGAGGUUCAGUCAUAUCCUGAUCAUCCAGACAGAUUUGAUCACUGGGUUCAGCUGCUGUGUAGAAAUGGUCUGACUGGUCGCUGUUACUGGGAGGUCGAGUGGAGAGGAGACGUUUUUAUAUCAGUGAGUUACAGAAGAAUCAGAAGGAAAGGAGGCAGUGAAGACUGUAGGUUUGGAUGGAAUGAUCAGUCCUGGAGUCUGAGCUGCUCUGAUGAUGGUCCUGUUCGUGUCUGGCAUAAUAAGAUAAAAACAUCCAUCUCCUCCUCCUCCUCCUCCUCCUCUGUCUCUAACAGAGCAGCAGUGUAUGUGGACUGUCCUGCUGGCACUCUGUCCUUCUACAGAGUCUCCUCUGACACUCUGAUCCACCUCCACACCUUCAACACCACAUUCACUCAAACUCUUUAUCCUGGGUUUAGGUUCUGGUCUCCUGGACUUUAA